AUGCCCGAAUGGUCGGCAGAGGCAGAUGCCAGUGACAAUCCAGAUGGGCUCAUAUCGCUCGAACAAGACAGCAUUAACAAAGCAGUCAACCUCCUCAUCCCUCGCCCUGCUCCGGGUCAUGGGAAAUUGGCAUUGAUUUUAGUUGGAACACUUUUAUUCAUAAACGGAUGGCAAGAGGCCAAAAUACAGAAGGCCCGAAUAGAUGGAAACUGCUUCCCGAAUAAUUUCUACAUUCAGGAUGGAAGUGCCAACGAAGACCCAUUAGAAGCGAUAGCCCCGCUGAAUGCCCUAACAUCAGAUAGUGCUUUGGAUUUGGUUGUGUUUACCCAGGACUGGCAUCCAUAUGACCACAUUUCCUUCGUGGAGUCUGCUUGCAACACUGAUCGAUCGAUCAAGCACAAUGGCUCAUGCAAAUCGCUCAAACCUUUCGACACUGUCGAAUUUGAAGACCCACCUGUUGAACAGGUGCUCUACCCGAGGCAUUGCGUACAGAACUCUUGGGGAGCUGAACUCCGUAAAGAAGUCAUUAUUCCGAAUGGAGCCACUUUUAUCCGGAAAGGAACUCAAGUACUUGUCGAUUCCUACUCAGCAUUUAACGACAAUAAUGGCCAUAAAUUGAUGGAAUUGGAAAAGCUGCUGGAACUGAAUGGUAUUACGGUGGUACUUGGAUGUGGCCUUGCUUACGACAUAUGCUUACGCCAUACUCUCACUGAUGCCAAUGAACUCGGCUACCUGACGGGCGUUGUACGAGACUCUGAAUUACGGAAUCCAAUCAAUAUAUAUGUUAUACAUGGUGAGUUAGCAGGAAAAGUAAGUGAAUGCGUACAUUUAUGGCAUUUCAUGAGAUUGUUACCUGGCAAGCAUUUCUAA